AUGAGCCAAGAAGUAGCGAGAAGCAGGAGGAGCAGCAGCAGCAGCAGCAGCAACAGCAGAAGCAGCAGCAGGCCCGGCAAGUCGAAGCAGAGAGGAGAGGAGGAAGGUAGGAAGGAACGGCGGCGAGCGCGGAAGUGUGCCGGCCGUCGAGCUGCUUACCGGAAGGGGUGCGAAAAAGCGGGCAAGCUGCGCCGGAAGGGGGUAGCCCGGGCUUCUCGCGAAGGCCUCAAAAUUUCGGACGCGACGGCGGCCCUGGACCUACGUGCCCAGUCGCAAACCCAACCCGACUUUGGCUUGGACCACCACCAGCAACAGCAUCACCAUCAACAACAGCAACAACAACAUCAGCAGCAGCAGCAACAACAGCAGCAGCAUCAGCAGCAACAACAACAUCACCAACAACCGCAGCCGCAGCAGCAGCCGCAGCAGCAACAACAACCACCGCCGCAGCAGCAGCAGCAGCAUCAUCAUCAUCAUCAUCAUCACCACCACCAUCACCCGCAGCAGCAACAGGGCCAAAAUCCAGACUCGCGAAAUCCACCACACCAUCACCUUCAACAGCAUCAUCAUCCCGGGAAUCAUCUCCACUCUGGCGAUUCGGGGGGUGGGAUAGGAGGUGGAGGAGGUGGCGGUGGAGCCGGUGGAGGUGGCGGUGGAGGUGGCGGAAGUGGCGGCGGUGCAAGUGGCGGUGGUGUUGCUGGUGUUGCUGGAGGGGGAACGGCCGAGGGUGACAGGUCGGGCAGGAUCCACGACGAGGACGACGAGGACAUCACCGAGAGGGAGGACGAGGAGGAAGACGAGGAUCCUUGCAGCUCGCCCGAACCGGACCUCGAAAACGAGCCGGAACCAAUGGAGGUCCAAGCGUCGGCCGUCACUGCGGCGGCCGCCAAUCUUCACGCGCUCCGGCAACAUGUAUUCAAAAUGUCCGACUAUUGGCAACAACCUCAACGGGGCCCGCCCCAACAGUCGCCCGGUAUACAGCACAGCCCUAUCUCGAACGCGACCCAACAGCACCAACAGCAGGUGCAGCAACAGUUGCACAGCCCGCUCAGCCAGCAGCAGCAACAACAGCAACAGCAGCAGGCGGUGCAACAGGCAAACGCCAAUUCGGGGCUAGGGCAGACGACCAGCCCCCAGAUGCAACAACAGCAGCAGCAACAACAACAGCACGCCAUGUCGAUCGGGCAGCAAACGGGUCAAGGGGGGCAGCAUCAAUCGUCCCCCGUGUCCACCACACCCUCGCCGCAGGCGGAUCACCAGGGUGCCAUCGCGUCUAGCAUGGCCCAGAGUCUUCACAGCCUGGCACAGGCGCAACAGACAAUGUCCCAGGCCUCGAGCCCGUCGCUGGCCGUGCAAGCGGUCCAAGCGGCGCAGGCUCUCAAUCAAAACUUGGGCCAAGCGUUGACACAGGCGUUGACGCAGAACAUGCAACAAAACCUAGGACAAACUUUGCAGCACAAUCUCGCGCAAAGCCUCACCCCGAGCUUGUCGCCUCAGCAACAGCAACAGUUGCUCAACCAGCCGCAGAAUCUGAGCCAGGCCAGUCAAAAUCUUCAACAAAACAUCCAGAGCCAGGCGCAGAAUUUGUCGCAAACGUUGCAGCAACAGGCUCAAAAUUUGACCCAGAACCUCGGCCAGAGUUUAAGCCAACAGGCGCUGCAACAACAGGCGGCGCAAAACCUCACGCAAAAUUUGCAACAACAGGCGCAAAAUUUGACCCAGAAUCUGCAACAACAGGCGCAAAACCUGACGCAGAAUCUGCAACAACAGGCGCUCAACAUGGCCGGCAGCAUCGCUCAGAACGGUGCCCUCGCGGGGAUGAACAUGUCGGCCAGUCAGCAACAAAAUUCUCAAAACUCGAUGCUGAGUCCGGGCGCGACGAGCCAGGACUCACACGACGCCAGCCUCACGGAAAAACUCGUCAACGAGCUGCAGUCUCGUGCCUCUGCGGCGGGACUUGGAGGUGCGGGAGGCGCCGGCGGAGGCGGAGGAAUGGGCAACAUCAGCGAACGCACCCUCGAGGAAUGCUGGUCCACCCUGCAACGAAUCUUCAUGCACAAGAGCGCGAUGCAGAUGCACGCGAGGGAGCUCGGGGCGGCGGGUGCACUGACGGGGAGAGGUGGCGGCGGCGUGGCGGGCGGGCUGGCGGGGCUGGGCCCGAUCGGCGUUGGACCGGGCGGGAUGAUCGCCGGGAACGAGGUGAAGCCGCACCAGUGCCAGCAAUGCCUCAAGUCGUUCUCCAGCAACCACCAACUCGUGCAGCACAUCAGGGUCCACACCGGCGAGAAACCGUACAAAUGCAGCUACUGCGAUCGCAGGUUCAAGCAGCUCAGCCACGUACAGCAACACACCCGCCUGCACACGGGUGAGUAUUUCUUUCUUCCUUCCUCCGCUCUCUCGAGCGCGGGGUGGAUCGAGUAGCGACUUACACGCUAC